AUGAAGUCCCUGGCAAUCCUAUCUCUGGCCGGGCUGGUUUCCGCCCAGGUAGCGCCCUACGGUCAAUGCGGCGGUAACGGCUAUUCAGGGUCCACAACGUGUGAGACCGGCUGGGUUUGCGAAUAUCAAAACGACUGGUAUAGCCAGUGUCUGGCAGCUACCGGCACCACAAAAACUACCACGACGACCACAACCACGACCAAGAGCACCGCUACCAAAACGUCAACGACCACCACCACCACGGCUGUCGCGACUGCAACGGGGUUCCCCCAUACCAACGGGCUCAACUUCACUAUCGAUGGAGAGACCAGCUAUUUUGCCGGCACCAAUUCGUACUGGAUCGGCUUCCUCACCGAUAAUGACGAUGUAGAUCUCGUCAUGAAUCACUUGAAUGAGUCGGGCCUGCGCAUUCUCAGGGUCUGGGGUUUCAACGAUGUGAAUACCAUCCCGUCCGCGGGGACCGUCUACUACCAAUUGCUCGCCGAUGGCAUCGCGACCAUCAACACGGGAGCCGACGGCCUGCAACGUCUGGACUAUGUUGUCUCGUCCGCUGAGCAACACAAUAUCAAACUCAUCAUCAACUUUGUCAACAACUGGUCCGACUACGGGGGCAUGGCGGCGUAUGUCACCGCAUUCGGUGGUACACAGACCGGCUGGUACACCGACGACGCCAUCCAAGCCGCCUAUCGCACCUAUAUCCAGACCGUCAUCUCCCGUUAUAGUGACUCCCCAGCGAUCUUUGCCUGGGAGCUUGCCAACGAGCCACGUUGCCAGGGGUGCGAUACCUCGGUCAUUUACGACUGGGUGUCCUCCACCAGCGCGUAUAUCAAAUCGUUGGACUCGAAGCACAUGGUAUGCAUUGGCGACGAGGGUUUCGGUCUGGAUACCGACUCUGACGGGAGCUAUCCAUACACCACGGGCGAGGGCCUGAACUUCACGUUGAACCUCGGCAUCGACACCAUCGACUUUGGAACCCUCCAUCUGUACCCGUCCAGCUGGGGUGAGGUGAACUCGUGGGGAAGUAGCUGGAUCACGGCCCACGGGGCCGCCUGUACGGCCGUGGGCAAGCCCUGUCUGUUGGAAGAAUACGGCGUGACCUCCAAUCAUUGUACUAUCGAGGUGCCGUGGCAGCAAACCGCACUUGACUCGAAGGGCAUUGCCGCUGAUAUGUUCUGGCAGUAUGGCGACACGCUGAGCACGGGCGAGACCGCCAAUGAUGGCAACACCAUUUACUAUGGCACCUCGGACUUUACGUGCUUGGUCACGGACCAUGUGGCGGCUAUUGGAUCGUGA